GGAUCACGUGUACUGGCUGGCCGCGCUGCGCGCCAGUAACGGCUGCCUCGUCCGUUACGUAACGGUCCAUCCCCGCCGGAGGCGCCUCCGCAGCUGCAGACCUGAGAGUCCGGGACUCCGCCAGCCGCCUUCCCUACCUCCCUCCCGAGUCUAAGACUGGAUCCCCACACGAGUGAAAAACUGGCUGCUUCAGUAGGAAAAAAGCAGAACAAGAAAAAAAUGGAAGAAGUCGUGGAUGAAGAAGAGGAAGAAUAUGUGGUGGAAAAGGUUCUGGACCGGAGGGUGGUGAAAGGAAAGGUUGAAUAUCUUCUGAAGUGGAAAGGAUUCUCCGAUGAAGACAACACAUGGGAGCCAGAAGAGAACUUGGACUGUCCUGAUCUCAUUGCCGAGUUUCUACAGUCACAGAAAAACGCCCACGAGUCAGAGCGAUCGGAUGGAAAGCGUAAGGCAGAUUCUGAUAAUGAGAUAGCUGCGGGUGAAGAGAGUAAGCCCAAGAAAAAGAAAGAGGAGGUUGAGAAGCCUCGUGGUUUUGCUCGAGGAUUAGAUCCAGAGAGGAUUAUCGGAGCCACAGACUCCAGCGGAGAGCUGAUGUUCCUGAUGAAAUGGAAAAGUUCAGACGAAGCUGAUCUCGUCCCAGCAAAAGAAGCCAAUGUGAAGUGUCCCCAAGUGGUGAUUUCAUUCUACGAGGAACGGUUGACGUGGCAUUCCUACCCAACAGAGGAAGAAGACAAAAAGGAAGACAAGAACUAAAGGCCACACAAAGCGGUUAUUAAUAGGGAUGAAUGGUGGGUCCUAUGGCAGAGGGAAGAGGGUGGGAGGACCCCUACAGGAUCCAGUCUUUCCUGCAGCCAAAAAGAUGUUUUAUAUGUAACGCCCAGGAGACACUGCACCUUAUGCCCCCGCUCCUCCUCCUCCUCACUAGUGUUACAAACUCUGCAUUUUUACCAAGUAGCAUGUAUUGUUUGGCUAUUAGUGAUAUCUGUCAAAAAAAGACAUUGGGUUACUCAGGGUGGGUGGGGGAGAACUUUUGUUUUUUUAAUUUUUUAAUCUUUGAACGAAGAAAGGAAAACAUGUUGCCAAAAGAUAAAGUUGUUGCAAUGUGUUAUUGUCACCGUUCAGUGUUUGGCUGCUUCCCGGGGGCAUUGACUUUGCCACCAUUCAGGCAGCUGCAAGGACCUCACAAGACAGACAUGCUACCUAAUAGAUGAGGGAGUUAGCACGUUCCUUCAUCUAUUUGUUUGAAAUUGGGGGGGUCCGUUUUUAAGGGAUGGUAUGGGCAAAUUGUGAAUUUUUAAAGUUACUGGGAGAUGGUGCUGUCCAUGUGAAUCUUAUUUUUUUUAUUUUUUUUCUCAUGUAUCUCCUCAACGUCUCGAGCAGGAAGCCUUAGGUAGCCAGUAUUCUGAAGAUAGCGGGUUACAUAGGAGCUGCUGCUUUCUUGUAUAAACCUGUCAUUUGUAGUUUCUUUUUUUCUUUAUUUUAAUUUUUUUCUACAGUAGCAUGUGUUUUAGGUUUUGUGCAAACUUUUAUCAUAUGUAAAGUAAAAUUUAGACAGCAUUUUUGUCAGUCAGUUGUCCUAAUAAAACUUUUAGAUUUAUAAA